AGAGGGCAGGCGAGCAGCCGGUGAGCGCGGCGGCCGGUGCCCGGCGCUCCUUCCUUCCCCGCCCGCGGAGCGGGGCCGAGGCCGGGCGGCGGCGGGGCGCGCCCCCUGCGUGGGGCGGCGGCGGUGGGCGGCCGGGUGCCCCCGCCCCGCUCUGGAUGCCCAUCGCGGCUGCUCGGGCCGGGGGGUGGCUGCGGCUCCCCGGCGGGGGGCGCGGGUCAGGAUGCCGGUGCUGGAGCGCUUCUUCCCCGCGGCAGAGCCGGGCAGGCGGAGGAGGACGGGGGAAGAGCCGAUGCCCUUUCCCAUGGGCAGCCUGCCCGGUUAUCAGCAGGGGACCCUGGCCUGGGACUUGCCCGAGAUGAUCAAGAUGGUAAAGCUCGUUUGGAAAUCCAAGGGGGAGCUCCGCGGGGCGAAGCACAGAGGGGUUUUGGAGAGCGAGGAUGCCCUGGGCGGUUCGGCAGGAGAUGCACGGGUGAGAGGUCAGACAGGGGUUCUCUCCGAGCGCCGCGGCUCCUACCCAUUUAUAGACUUCCGUCUUCUUAACAAUACUACACUCUCAGGGGAAAUUGGCACCAAGAAAAAGGUUAAAAGACUGUUAAGUUUCCAGAGAUAUUUCCAUGCAUCCCGGUUGCUGCGUGGAAUUGUACCACAAGCCUCUCUGUACCUACUGGAUGAGGACUACCUUGGGCAGGCAAGGCAUAUGCUAUCUAAAGUGGGAAUGUGGGAUUUUGACAUAUUCUUGUUUGACCGCUUGACAAAUGGAAACAGUCUUGUAACACUGCUUUGUCACCUCUUCAAUGUGCAUGGACUUAUUCACCAUUUCCAGUUAGAUAUGGUUACGUUACACAGGUUUUUAGUUAUGGUUCAAGAAGAUUACCAUAGCCAAAACCCGUACCACAACGCUGUCCACGCUGCUGAUGUCACACAAGCUAUGCACUGCUAUCUGAGGGAGCCCAAGCUUGCCAACUUCCUCACCCCGUCGGACGUCAUGCUUGGACUGCUAGCUGCUGCGGCUCAUGAUGUGGAUCACCCAGGGGUCAACCAGCCCUUUCUGAUCAAAACUAAACACCACCUUGCCAGUCUGUACCAGAAUGUUUCAGUGCUAGAAAAUCAUCACUGGCGAUCUACGAUAGGCAUGCUUCGAGAGUCACGGCUCCUCGCCCAUCUGCCCAAGGAGGUGACACAAGACAUUGAGCAGCAGUUGGGCUCCCUGAUCUUGGCAACAGACAUCAACAGACAGAACGAGUUUCUGAUCCGUCUGAAAUCUCACCUUGACAAUCAGGAUUUGAGGCUGGAGGAUGCACAAGACAGACAUUUUAUGCUUCAGAUUGCACUCAAGUGUGCUGACAUUUGCAACCCUUGCCGGCUCUGGGACCUGAGCAAACAGUGGAGUGAGCGGGUCUGCGAGGAGUUUUACCGACAAGGUGACCUGGAACAAAAAUUUGAACUGGAAAUAAGCCCCCUUUGUAAUCAACAGAAGGAUACAAUACCAAGCAUACAGAUUGGGUUCAUGACGUACAUCGUAGAGCCGCUCUUUGAGAGGUGGGCCCAGUUUACAGGCGAUACUCCUCUAUCUGAAAAUAUGCUAAACCAUCUCAGGAGGAACAAGGCCAAGUGGAGGAGUUUGCUCCACAAGCAACACAGCAGUAGUAGGAGCAAUGACCACUCAGGUCAAGUGACUGGCAGCCAAGAACAGACUUAUAAUGAAGAAGAGACUCCUUAGUGGCAGCUUUGCACUUUUCCUUAUAGCACUGCUAUCUCUGUCUCGAUCACAGCAGCAAACAAAAUCCCGGGGAGCGAGGAGCCUGUUGUCAAGACUGUGAAAAGGGGGGAAAUGGCAAAGCAGAAGCUGUAAGGGUCCUCGCGAAGAAGCCCGCGGGUCUGCUGGGUUUCUUUCCGGAUCUGCUUCACGCCCGUCUCCCCUCUCUUUGUUCUGCACAUGCCUGACGCCAUUUGUCACUUCUGGCCAUGAACUGCCUGGACGCAGAGUCCCAGCCAGCAGUACUGAAGCUGGGCCGGUUUUGGCUGCCAGGGAGCAGGGGAGAUUCCCGAGAGAACAGAGGAGAGAGAGGCACUCCUGGUUAUAUAUCCAUUUACCACGAGUCAUACUGUGACAUACGCGUAUCAGCCCAGAGCGCCAUACGCUUUCCAGGUGGGCAGCUGGGCUACACAUUAAACCACCAGCAUCUUCAGCAUCCAGAGGACAGUGGCUGAGUGAGACAGCGCUCACAGAGGGCAGAGAGAGUCUGGUUAUUUUAGUAACUAAAACAAAAACCUUUUUAACUUUUGUAUUCUGUGCACUAAACAACAGAUCUAUAAACCCUGGACUGAAGUUACUCUCCGUAUACACAACUCCAGUGUAACAAGGCGCAUUUUGGUAAUCGUUUUUAUGCCACUUUGGAUAAAAGAUGGGUAUCUUCUCAUUGCAAGGAACAGUAUUCCCUCGCAAAUGAAAGGGAAGGUGUUGUACAGUCUAAACCUUUGAAACACGAACAGAUCUAUCUUUUGAGUACUGUUUCAAGUAACAUGUUUAUAUUCAUUUAUGUACAUUUUCUGUAAAUACAAAGCGCUACUGAUUCCCAUGCCAAAAUACUGGAGUACUGUGGGAUUGCUACCUGUAAAAACAUUGGCACUGUGAACAGAAUACUGUUAGUUUUAAUACAAGAGAAAGCAUUUGUAAAUAUGGUAUAGAGUUUAUUAAUAUACACCAUUGUUUGUGGAUAAAAGCCUUAACUUCUAGCAUCCUUCAUCUUCUGAUAGCUGCCAAAAUCAUACAGUCACAAAAUACGAUUCUGAACUGCCUUUCCACUAUCCAAGGUGUUUCAAAGGUCAUUAAGGAAUUAAGUCUGACAGGAUAACUUCUUGAAAACUUCAAGCACAUUCCAUGUGGGUCCGUGUUGUUAAUCCAUGGCACCUUGCACAUUCAGUCUAGGCAAAUGCUUCACAGAACCUGAAGUUUUAAGUUCAAAACCAAACCAAACCCACAGCAACACCACAUAAUUUGACAGUUCAACCUGAUUACCAUUUACUCAAGUGUGUGAAUUUUUAUUAAAUAGCUUAGUGAUCUACAAAGCUCGGCAUUCUAAUAGUUCUGGAGUCCAGUUGUUUUGUUGAGUGAUGUUGCUGUGUAGCUGAUUUCUUUCCCCCCACAUUCCCUCCUUAGCCAGGAUCAAAACACAUUUGUAUUUUUCUUUUCAUUAGGAAAAAAAUACUUCAAUUGACUUUUAGAUGUCUCACUCAAUGAAGGAAAAAAAAAAUGUGUUGUAGUCAGGCUAUUAAGAAAAAACCUCUUUUCAUAGUAGCUGAGGGAUUUUCUAUUGUCUCAUGUUUGUGAAAGAUACCUGGCCUCGUCUAUGCCGUAAACAACUUCAGUUUGGAUAGUCUUUAUAAAACUUUACUUAAGUUCCCAUCAUUUCAAUGAGAUUGUAUUCUCUGCCACUACUCUAUUGCACCAGUGUGAUUGUCCCCUUCUCCUCUGCCCCUAGAAAAAUUAAUUGGACUGAGGUAAAGUAUAAUGUUGUUGCAAACCCCCAGUACAUCGAAUGGGUAUAGGUAUUUUCCAAAAGAACUAGCAGAUAUGACCAUAUAAUCAUGUUUGGCUGUGAAUACCUUGGAGAGGCCAACAAAGAGCUGUUUAAGUUGGUGUUUGAGAAAGAGAAUAUUUACUCAUAAAAGCGCAAAGGGAGAUAUAGAAUUUUUCUCAGUUACAGGGAAUAUCGACUCGAUUAGCUAAAGUGUUCGUGUUCAUAUGGUGACUAAUAUGUUUAAAGGAAAAUAAAAAGUAAAGGAUGUGUUACUCUACUAAUUCCUUGGACAUGUAUCUUCAGAGAAAAAGACUGAAACCCAGUGAAGUAGGAAGGUGGAAAUCACUGUGAGAACAUAAAGCAUCCUGAGAAUGGUGUUUUUCUUCUCUAGCAUUUCCUAAGCUAUAAGCAGCAAAAAACAUUCUUCUUCCUCUUCUAAAUGAGACUCGCAUAGUAGCAGUACCAUCACAAGCAAAGAGAGAGAGUUGUAGUAGAAUAAAAUUAUUUCUAACUACAGACUGUAAAUCUCUUUUUAACCACCCAAUGGUGGAGGUGGGAGCCAAGAGAACCAAGAGAAGCAAGACCUGUUCUGUAACCAGAGCCUACAGAGUCCUUUACAAGUUUGCUCUUACCAAGUUAGAACUUCCCAGCCAUGAAAAGCUGCUCUUAAAAUGAACAGGUUGUGGGGUUUUUUGGUGCACUGAACAUACCUGCUAGACUUCAGUCACCUUGUUUAAUGAAACAAUGCUUGAUAUAGGCUCAGGGUGGCUCCACAAAUGCUUCUGUACCCAGAAGCCAAACCCUUUACACAAGUUCAGGUCGGGGCUGGUUUGCCUCAGGUGCUCUAGGCAAACGUUGGGGCCUGUAAUGCAAAAUGCUACCCUUUAAUUUCCCAUAGAAGAAGCCAAACUGCACCCAAUACAGCCAACCCAACAGCACCACUGCUCAGUAAUUGCAGUUAAGAUACAUAUUUAGUAUUGUCUAGAACAUUUCUGCACUGGGGCUUCUCCUCAUGAUGCCAACAGAAUACAAGAUGCACAGAAAAACGUUACACAGAUAAUACAGAUUUCUGCCAUGUCAGACGUGUUAGCCACUUUACAGAAAGCCGUUGUAAGUGACUUUUCUUUCUUAUUAUGCCAGUGCGGCUAAAACAUUCUGAAGCUUUAAAAUUGACGAUUUUAAUACAAGGAAAGAAGGAGAAAGCUGCUAAAAGCGGGAGUUUAAAUGCUUUUAUGGCCCACAAAUACAAUUCAUUUGACUAAACUCUAGUUUCUUUAAAUGCAGAUUUCAUGCCAUCAAAGAGGCAAGUUCUAUGUAAAUAACGACAAUAACAAUAAUAAUAAAAGAAAGUGGUGAUAAGUGAAACUUUCAGGCUGGUUAAAAUAAUGCAUACAUACGCAUUUUUCCUACUUACCUUUGGGUUUUUAAGGGUCAAUGUUCCAGCCACCAGCUGAAACGGGGAAAAAGGGACUAUUGAAAACGUGUACCUUUGAAAAACAGGAACAGAGAGAGGAGUGGCAGAAAUUAAGUAGAGUCUAUGGAGGAAAAGAAACCCCACAUGAUCAGCAGUUGUAUCUAACCUAAUCUACCACAUGGGUCACUUAUUUUUGUAUAAACUAUUGGUUUUCAUUAAGAAAAUCAAAGUCUCCUGAAUGAUCAGUAAGAAGGCUGCUACCACAGUAAAUGAGCUAAUCCUGUUUUUCACACUGCAUAGCUAUCUCACCAGCUUUUCCAAUCUCUGGUUGAAAUUUCUAUUAAAAGUUUCCAAGAAAAUAGAACACAAACCAGCCCUUCCAAAUGGACUAUCCUGGGAAAGGAGAAACACUCAAGUAGUCAUAAUGUUAUUUUCAGGUACCAGUCAGGGUACCAGCCAUGAUUCAUAGCCUUCUAUUUUAAGUCACUCAGCUGAGUUGUCCAUAAUGUACUCCCAUCUGCCUCCUGAUGCCACUGCCACCAUCCCCUCUCAUGGCCCACAAAAAGAAGAAAAACAAUACUUAAAUUUGAAUUAAGAUCCAAAAAAAGCCACCUGAAAACACAAACAAAAACCCAAGGCAAGCUCAUGCCAUGAAUAUGUAUGCAAAUUACUUUGAUUGGUGCAAAUUACUAUUCUAUAGUUUGUUUCUAUAAUCCAUUCAGUAUUUUAGGUACAUAAACUUUAAGUGCAGAGCAUAAGUUUGACUUGGAUGUAAAAUAUAUUCUGCUUAUCUUUGAAUUCAAGAUUGUAUAUGUCAUGUUUAUUGUAAAGCAUUUUAUAUAUACAUAUUCAUAUAUCUUAUACAACUCUAUGGGCCAAACACUGGUCCCACCAACUUCACCGGGACCAAGAAUCAGCCCCCAUAUGUGCGUAUAUAUGCCAUAUGCAUCAUUCUGAAAGGAAGCACUAGGUUGUGUGAAAAUGCUGUGACUGCUAUGCAGUAAUGCCAAGAGACUUAACUGUAUCUUUUUUAACAUACUGCUGUAAGUAUUCAUCAUGUCAAAGAAUGACAACUAAUAAAAAAAUUAAAAAAUUAAAAUGAAGUGUCCAAA